AUGGAUGGUUCGAUCCCUCCGUUGUCUGGCCUCUCCUCUACUUCUUCCUCCUCAUCCUCGGCCAUCUUCCGUCCUCGACGAUCCGACGACUGGCUGGAGUACCGUCCCGCCAUCGAACAACUCUAUCGCGAUCAUCAACUCAAAUUGAGAGAUGUCAAACGCAUCAUGGAGCGUGAUUACAACUUUCAUGCAUCAGAGAAACAAUAUAAAGAUCGCCUAGCGUCGUGGCACGUUCGAAAGAACAUCAAAGCCAAAGAUAUCAAGAUCAUGAUCCGAAAACAGCAGAAACGGGCGGCCCGGGGUAAGCAGACGGCCUUUCGGGUGAAUGGUCAAGAAGUCGACCAGAAACGUAUCGCUCGAUUCGCCCGUAGAAAAGGCACCAACUGGGAGGAUCAUUCCCGCGACAACGCCACCCAGCCCAGUCCCGAACCCGGCACCCCGACCGAUAUGAGUUGCUACACUCCCGAUGGUACGGACAGGGCCUCGACCUUGUCCCCGCUGCCCGAAUUCCGAUCCAUCCGACGUGACGAAAGAUCGGAGCCGCUCCUAGAUUCCGAGACGGAUGAGACUCGGUCCAUGCAAGCCACUCUCAGCCCCAGCCAAGCCAGCACGACGACGACAAACGUCUUGGACGACAAAUUCGCUCCUACGGAAGAAGACCCAUGGGCAGCGCUCACCGACUUCCAAAAUCGACUGCGCAAGCUCGACCAUGACCUGGAAGUGUCAUUGGCCGACUACGUCUCCCCUCACGAGCACCACGAAUGA